CCCCCCUCCCUUCCUCACAGGAUUGCUGGGCCCCACACGCUCGAACCCUCGGUGGUCUGUCCUUCCUCCCCCACUGCCUGGCGUCUCUAACCCUGUGUCUGCAAACCUCUCCCCAGACGGCAGAGGUCGCCCUGUCAAACCUGAAGAACAAGUAUGACAAUGAGAAGUGCCUGGUGUCGGACACGAUGGUGAAGCUGCGGAGUGAGCUCAAGGCGCUGAAGGAGGACGCCGCCACCUUCUCCUCCCUCCGUGCCAUGUUCGCCAGCAGAUGCGACCAGUACGUCACCCAGCUGGAGGAGAUGCAGCGGCAGCUGGCGGCAGCCGAGGACGAGAAGAAGACGCUGAACUCCCUGCUGCGCAUGGCCAUCCAGCAGAAGCUGGCACUCACCCAGAGGCUGGAGGUACAGGACGCCCUCACUGACGUCACCCGCCACUGCCCCAGGACCAACCGAGCCAAGCUGCAUGCAAAGAACCGCGCCAGGGGAACGCGCGCCAGUCCACAGCAUCAACAGAGUAUUUGAGCAGACUGUGCACUCUCCCAGCUGGGCGCCGGCAGUAACCCUGACAGAAAAUCAUCGAUCCACGACAGACUGAGGGUGGAACCGUAUCAUCACCCUGCGACACCUCUCCUUCUUCCCCUCUCUCCGUCUAUCUCGGUCUGACGAUAAACAGUUUGUCCGGCCAGCCAGUCUCGAUUGCUUUCCAAACUUCCUGCAAGCCAUCGUGCACUUUAUGUUCCUGGUGCCUUUGACUGUCUCGGGACUGUGUCGCUCUGUUUAAAAUCUCCUGGUUCGCCACUGGAAAUCACCGUCUCUUUGUGGCGCAUCGCCUGUGAGCGUGUUUUCCCUCUCCCGCGUGCAUUCCCCAGUAAUCCGGGCUGGUCAGCGAGGGUCGUUACUCAGGGCUGGAACUCUUGGUUCGGCUGUCUCAGGGCAAUGGGUGAUCUGCAGGGUUGCCGUCAUCGAGAGGGGCUGUCUGCUGAGUGGAAAGAUGGAGAGAGAGACAGAGACAGAGAGAAACAGACAGACAGAGAGUGACGGAGAGACAGAGAGACACAGAGAGAGAGACAGUGACAGAGAGAAACAGACAGACAGAGAGUGACGGAGAGACAGAGAGACACAGAGAGAGAGACAGUGACAGAGAGAGAGUGAUAGACAGACUGUGACAGAGAGAGAUAGACGCAGAGAGAGACAGACAGAUUGGCAGAGUGACGAAGACACACAGAGACAGAGAGAGAGAGACAAGACAGUGACAGAGAGAGAGUGAUAGACAGUGACAGAGAGAGAUAGACGCAGAGAGAGACAGACGCAGAGAGAGAGACAGAGAUAUGGAGGUAGGAGGGGAGUGAGUACGAGAGAGGGAGAGGGAACGUUAGAGAGCGAAAGAGGAUGAGAGAGGGAUAGAGAAGGUAAGGAGAGGGAGAGAGAGGGGGUGGAGACAGAGGUGAAGCAGGAGGUGGGUAGGGUGGGAGGGUAAGCUGACCUUUUAUCAAUGUACAUUCAACAUUCUGCAUGCCACCUCCCUCACCCGUCAGGAACAGCAUACCAUCUGCCCCUCCGUCUGUCCAAGCAUCUCACCCCCAGGCCUGAGGCACUGGAGUGCGACCCCAGACCUGUCUACCGCCCCACCGGGGGCAUGACCCUUCUCUCCCUACCCACAGGUUGCUUCGGGUUCUCAGUUCGAGUUGGGAUUGUACUCGGGCAGUGCAAAUGUGUGGAGGCCUCUCCAGUCUUCUCCCCUCUCUCUCGUCAUCUCCCCACUGUCUGCCCUCUUUCCCAUCUCCUCUCUCUCCUUCACCUUGUGUCUGCACGUUGCUGGCUGCCCCGCUCCUGCCAGCCAGUGCCACCGGCUGGUUCCUGUGCCACGUCAGUGUUAGUACAGUCGCAGUGCCUGUCCGUCUCAGUGUUACUACAGUCGCUGUGCCUGUCCGUCUCAGUGUUACUACAGUCGCUGUGCCUGUCGGUCUCAGUGUUACUACAGUCGCUGUGCCUGUCCGUCUCAGUGCCUUAACUCCCCAAGUGCCUUGUGCUUCCUCAGCCUUACAUUCACCCGUUGUAAGUACACGUUCUGCACAAGCGGUGAACUGCAGAGAGCGAGCGACUGACGGGGACCACGCAACGAGCUAAACUUGUGGGGUUGAGGGGGGAGAACAGCUGCCAAAACCGCACGUCCUCCGAUACAUAAAGUUUGUUACACUGCAA